GUUUACUGGUGGAGAGGCUCGCAGAAAGAGAGACGGAAACGGGGAACCUGAGGGAGAGCGAGCUCCAAACGCAACGGGAAUCCAAGUUUUUCCACUUGCCCCCGUAUUUUUGAGUGUUUUUACUCGGAUUUACCUCCUUCUUUGUGGACUCUCUGAGACGGGAUACUCACUUAGUGUGUUUGUGCGCUUUUUAAAAUUAUCUCCAACUAUACCGCCGACGCCGAAACCUCGUUUGUUUUGGAUUAGCCAGCUAACGUUAGCUACCCCCCACCCCUCUAUCGUUCAGAGGAAAAAGCAUCGGAGCGGCGUGGUGGAGACUUUUCUCACUUCACUAGGCUAAACAAGGAUAUUUUUCUGUCUUUUCUUUCCCCUCCACCUCAGUCUUCAAGGUUUCUGAUUAAAUAGGUGACGCUCGUCUCGUCUGCUCCGUUUCCCCCACUUUGGUAUUUUUUUUUAUGGGUGUUAUUCGUUUGCGGCGCGGUGGUCAGCGGGGGUGAAGGAGUUCAGAGGAAGGUCGUAGUGUUGGGGAGAGAGAGAGACAGACAAGGGGGAAAACUGCACGUUUUUCCUGCUGGGAGUUUCCUGGGAUGUACCUCCAUUGGUCUUAAAACGGGAGAAGACGAGAAGGAAGAAGCUGCAGCGGUGAUCCUGAAGACUUUUAACUUCAGCUGGAAAAUACUCCCCGUUAUCUCAGUGGAAAAUACACACGACAGUGGACCUAACUAGCACGCAUCCAAACUAAGGGAUAAUUCAAUUUUUUUUCUGUGUUUAUUGGAGCAUCAACAUCAAACAGAUGAACGGGGACUGUCGCCUUCACUUAUGGAAAAUGAUUUUCACUCGCACAUGUGUUACCAGAACCCAAGAUCACAUAAUUUAGUUGUUUUUUACGCAUAUAUACCAGGGCGCACAUCACAAACUUGUCUGAGGAGGAAAAAUAACUUGAUAUCUGCUGUAAUAUAAACAUUUGCCCCCCUGAGGAUUGGAGUUUCCAACACACCUUCAGAGGGAGAGAGAGCACAACUUCAAUCAAAAUGAGGUGGUUGACGCUGAAGCUGCGAGCGCAAUUGGUGUUUUUUAUCCUCUGUACCUGUGUUGUUUGCCAGUGUGGGCUAAUAAACGGUGAAAUUUGUCAGAGCAAGAACAUCCGGAACAACGUGACCAACCUCCGGUCACUGGAGAACUGCACCAUCAUCGAGGGCCACCUGAAGAUCCUGCUCAUGUUUGGGGCCAAGUCCGGCGACUUCCAGGGCCUCAGCUUCCCAAAGCUGCGAGUGGUCACCGACUAUGUCCUCCUGUUCAGGGUCUACGGCCUGGAGACCCUCAGCGACCUCUUCCCAAACCUGACGGUGAUCCGUGGCAACAACCUGUUCUUCAACUACGCCCUGGUAAUUUACGAAAUGCUGCAGUUGAAGGAGGUGGGCUUGCACAGCCUCAUGAAUAUCACCCGGGGCGCCGUGAGGAUAGAGAAGAACCCUGACCUGUGUUACCUGGCCACCCUGGACUGGUCCAUGAUCCUGGACUCGGUGGAGGACAACUUCAUCGUGGCCAAUAAGAACGAGCGGGAGUGUGGAGACGUGUGUCCCGGCACGGCGCAGGGCCAGACCCUCUGCACCCAGACCACCAUCAAUGGCCAUUUCAGGGGGAGAUGCUGGUCGCAGACCUAUUGUCAGACAACAUGCGAUAACUGUAAAAAUGGCGCAUGCAGCCGUCAGGGCCAGUGCUGCCACGAUCAGUGCCUGGGUGGCUGCUCGGAGCCGGGGAACGCCACCAGCUGUGUGGCCUGCAGGAACCUCCGGCAUGGAAACAUCUGCGUGGACAAAUGCCCUCCUGGAUACUACGUCUUUCAAGGCUGGCGCUGUGUCAGCUUCUCUUUCUGCCAGGACCUUCACAACCAGUGUAAGAAAUCUAAAAACCUGGAUGCCAACUGCCAUGAGUACGUCAUCCACAACGGGGCCUGCAUUCAGGAGUGUCCUUCUGGAUACAGCAGCAACUCCACUACGCUGACCUGUGAACCUUGUGCGGGCCCCUGUCCUAAAGCAUGCCAGGGAAAUAAAACGAUUGACUCUGUAACUUCGGCCCAGGCGUUAAGAGGAUGCACCGUCAUUGAGGGCAACAUGGUCAUCAAGAUCCGAGGAGGAACUAACAUAGCGGCCGAGCUGGAGGCUAGCCUUGGACAGAUUGAGGUCAUCAAAGGUUACCUGAGUAUUCGCAGAGCCUACGCAUUGGUCUCCCUCUCCUUCCUGCGAAAGCUACAUACCGUUAAGGGAGAGCAACUUGAAGCAGAUAGCUACGCCUUUUACGCGCUUGACAACCAGAACCUCCGCCAGCUGUGGGAUUGGUCCAAGCACAACCUGACGAUCGAGCGAGGUCGCACGUUCUUCCACUUCAACUCUAAGCUUUGCAUGUCGGAAAUCAGAAAGCUGGAGGAGAUAACGGGAACCAAGGAGCGCAACCAGAAGAAUGACAUCGCAGCUCGCACCAACGGAGACCAAGCAUCCUGUGAGAUGCAGCUGCUGAACUUCACUUCUGUCAAGGUCAGGUACAACAUGAUCAUCCUGAAGUGGAAUACGUUUUGGCCAUCGGACUACAGAGACCUGCUGGGGUUUAUGGUUCUCUACAAAGAAGCCCCGUACAAGAAUGUGACGGAGUUCGACGGACAGGACGCGUGUGGCUCAAACAGCUGGGUGAUUGCUGACGUUGACCCACCGCCCCGCGCCAACCAGGAAGAUCCAGGCUACCUCAUCCGGUCGUUGAAACCCUGGACCCAGUACGCCAUCAUGGUUAGAACCCAGCUGUCUGCGUCUGACGAGCAUCAGGUUCAUGGAGCCAAGAGUGACAUCAUCUAUGUUCGCACGAACGCCUCAAAGCCCUCUGGACCUCUGGACCCCAUCUCGUCCUCGAACUCCUCAUCUCAGAUCAUCUUGAAGUGGAAGCCUCCCACCAGUCCCAAUGGCAACAUCACCCACUACCGGGUCAUCUGUCACAAGCAGGAGGAGGACAGUGACCUCUACAAGUUUGACUACUGCCUGCAAGGAAUGAAGCUGCCAUCCCGCACCCCGACCCACCUCGACAGCGAAGACGAGCAGAAGUGGAACCGAACAGAAGAGCCCAACUCGGGGGGCGGGUGCUGCACUUGCCCAAAGACGAAAAUGGAGAUUGAGAAGCAGCAGAAGGAGAUAGCGUACCGCAAGACCUUUGAGGAUUACCUCCAUAAUGUAGUCUUUGAGAGCAAACAAAGUCGUCCACGACGCUCUGUGGAGAAUCCUGAGCCCAUUGGGUCCACACACUUUUAUUCCACAAUGUCCAGUCUGCAGACCACCACUGCCUCAUACAAGGAAGAGGAGAAGGAUGAUAAGGUGGUGGAAAAUGUGUUUGGAAGGGAGUCAACAGUCAUAUCCAACCUGCAGCACUUCACCAGCUAUAAGAUAGAGAUCAUAGCCUGCAACCAUCCCACUGACCCCAGCCGCUGCAGCAUGGCCACCUACGUCAGCGCCCGGACCAUGCCAGAGCUAAAAGCAGACGACAUCCCGGGACCGGUGACCCAUGAGAUUGUGAAUGAAGAACCUCCCCAUGUGCUUGUGAAAUGGCACGAGCCUCCAUCGCCUAACGGCCUCAUCAUCCUUUAUGAGGUGUUCUACCGCAAGGUUGGAGACACAGAGCCCCACUCAAUUUGUGUGUCACGGCUGAGCUACGAGAAGUUCGGUGGCACCAAGCUCACCCUGCUACAGCCUGGGAACUACAGCGUGGUCGUCCGGGCCACGUCGUUGGCUGGAAACGGAUCUUUUACAGAAACCACAUACUUCUUCAUGCCCAGCCCUGAUACAGGUAUAGCUUUGAUUGUUUCCGCUCCGAUCGUCUCCUCCAUCUUGCUGAUGCUUGUGGGAGUCAUCGCCUUUUAUGUCUUCAAGAAAAGGCAAACUGAGGGUCCAUUAGGAGAUCUCAUCACCUCACCAAAUCCUGAAUAUUUCAGUGCCAAUGACAUGUAUGUUCCUGACGAGUGGGAGGUUCCCCGGGAGAAGAUCACGCUGCUCCGGGAGCUGGGUCAGGGCUCCUUUGGCAUGGUGUACGAAGGAAUCGCUCAGGACAUCGUCAAAGGAGAACCGGAGACGCACGUCGCUGUCAAAACCGUCAACGAAUCGGCCAGCCUCAGGGAGAGGAUCGAGUUCCUGAACGAAGCUUCGGUCAUGAAGGCCUUCAGCUGUCACCACGUGGUUCGUCUGCUUGGAGUCGUGUCCAAAGGUCAGCCCACGCUGGUGGUGAUGGAGCUGAUGACUCAUGGUGACCUGAAGAGCUACCUGCGGAAUCUGAGGCCAGACUCAGAGAACAAUCCAUCGGGGUCCCCACCGCCCACUCUGAAAGACAUGCUCCAGAUGGCAGCAGAGAUCGCAGACGGCAUGGCCUACCUCAACGCCAAGAAGUUUGUGCACAGAGACCUGGCGGCCAGGAACUGCAUGGUGGCAGAGGACUUCACCGUCAAGAUCGGAGACUUCGGAAUGACGCGGGAUAUUUACGAGACAGACUACUACCGCAAAGGAGGAAAGGGCCUGCUUCCUGUCAGGUGGAUGGCUCCAGAGUCUCUGAAAGACGGCGUGUUCACCGCCCACUCUGACUGCUGGUCGUUUGGGGUCGUGCUGUGGGAAAUCAGCACUCUAGCGGAGCAGCCUUACCAGGGCUUGUCCAAUGAGCAAGUCCUGAAGUUUGUGAUGGACGGAGGGUUCCUGGACCGACCUGACAACUGCCCUGAGAGGAUGCACAGCCUGAUGCAGAUGUGCUGGCAGUACAACCCCAAGAUGCGGCCGACGUUCCUGGAGAUCAUCGAGAUGCUGCGGGACGACCUUCACCCGACCUUCCAGGAGGUCUCCUUCUUCUACAGCGAGGAGAACAAAGUCCCCGAUACGGAGGACUUCGACCUGGACCUGGACAACAUGGAGAGCAUCCCCUUGGACCCGUCGUCUUAUUCCCAGAGGGAGGAGAGCUUAAGCAGAGACAGCGGGCCCUCAGUGGCCCUCAGGGGGAACUACGAGGAGCACGUCCCCUACACGCACAUGAACGGUGGCAAGAAAAACGGGAGAAUCCUGUCGUUGCCCAGAUCGAGUCCUUCCUAACACCCCCUGAAAUGACUCGUAACAUUUCCCUCGUCCCCACACCCCCUGUCUUUCAGUCCAUUUUUCUGUACCCUGCAACCAUUUUCUAACGAUUUUCUUACUCUUAGAGAAACUCUUAAACAAAAACGACAAAGAAAAAAAAAAUAAUGACACGGAUCUCAGGACUUUGAAUUUUCUUCCUCACGGCUGCCAAACCAAGGCAAGCAAGGGAUGCAAAUGCCUCUUUUUAACUUGCUCCACGACACAUCAGACUUCAAAUUACCCAGGUUUGCGGUAAUAGAUUAACAGCAUGUUUCCAGGACUCCUUGUGACGGAAACAACAAUAAAACAAAACGAAACAAAGAAAAAAAAAAUAAUAAUCAAAACUGUGAACACAACAAACCUUAGACAACCAAGAAGGCUGCUCGACCUUCCCCUCCACCCUCCUGCCGAACUGCAUUUUCCACACUUCUGUGCUUUUAACUUUUUUUGUCUCUCCAAAUGAAAUCUUUUUACUCUGAUAGUGGCCUUUUUUAAAAUACGUGGCCUAUAAACUAAAGAAUCAUGUCUAAGUAAAUUCCUUUUUUUUUUUGUUGUUGUUGUUGUACGAUGACUUAAUCAGUGGGAUGAAUUGAUCUUAGAACAAACAUCUAUUCCUGGAGGAGCGUUUUUUUUUUGUUUGUUUUUUUUUUUCGUCUAAUUUUCUCUUCUUUUUUUUUUUUUCUUUUCUUUUUUGGUUCUGCAAAAUUCCGAACUGCACACAGAUUUAUCUGGUGUUUGGUGAAUAGUUUUAAUUUAUUGGUUUUACUUCCCUCCUCUUUUUGUUUCUGUGUCCUCACUUUGUGGCUGAAGGAUAUUUAAAUAGUUAGAAUUUGGACAAAAGAGUUCAUCAGACUGACCAAUAGCUGCUGCUUUGAUAUAUUAUAGUGGGUAUAGAAAUAUAUAAAUAUAUAUAUUAUGUAUAGUAUAUAUAUAAAAUAAUGGCAUUUCUAAGCCAAUGUUUUAUAUAUAAUAUACUGUAUAACGUUGAUGGGGUUUGGGUUUUGUAAAUACUGUAGUUGAUAUUUGUGUUCAUCUGAGGCUUUGGUUGCAUUUUAAUGUCUUUGUUUUUUUUUUAAAUAAUUAUUUUGGUUUUUUUAGCCCUGGAAGUUACACUAAUCUACCGUCAGUCUUCUCUGUGUCUUAGGCAUCCAGCCCUUGAUUAUACCUUAUUCUUUAAUUUUUUUACAAUCUUGGGGGGGAAAAUUUCCCAUUUCUGGAGGCAACCUUACUACUGGAGAAAAAAAUUGAAAAGAUUAAUAUCCUAUAAGCUUUACAAAUGGGGGAUGGAGGCCUUUAUAGGGUCAAAGUGCUCCUGAUACGUGUUCGUCUGCCGUUUUCUCUUGUCGCAUCACAGUUUGCCUUUUGAUCUCUUUGGCUUUUUUUGUGGAGGAAAAAGAGAAGAAACGAAAUUGGGUUGCAAAAAAUUUGGUGUGGAAAUUGUGUAACUUUCUGUGUUUUAGUUCAAGUUUCGUCUCGGUUAGGGCUUGUAAGAAGGGAGGUGAAGUGGACGAUGUUCGGGAUUUAAAUCAGGGAGAGUUUCUCCAUUAAAGUUGAGGAUUGAUAAAUCUCCCACAGUUCAUUGCUCCUGCACCGCCAUCGCUUCCUCCACGGCUUCCCGCCGGCCGCUGAACUCUCCUCUCCAAAGAGGUCUGGUGGAAAUUUCCACGUUUUUCCUGGCCGAGGGCUGCAGAGAGAUGCAGAAAGUUCCAAAUGUAUUCACAGCCGGCAGUCAGCACACCGGGUGGUGGUGGGGGGAUCAUGAGUAGAUUGUUAAUCUUUUUCUCCUCCCUGCCAUCACAUGCAGUCAGAGCACGGCGUGCAGCAGCUUUCUCGCUCAGGACUGACAUUCCAGGAUUUUUGUCAAAACUCCCCAUUCCCUCGAAAUCCUGUUACGUUGAACUGUUUUGCUGUGUUCCUCUUUGGCCGCCCGUUUUUUUUCUUCUUUCUUUUUAGAAGAUAAACACUCACUUUUCACCCCAUAAAUCUAAAACGUUCCUGUCAGCGGCGCCAACAAAUCAGCUAAAAAUGAUUUCCAUUCAGAGCAGAUGGUGAGGAAACGCGUUUCUCUCAAAUGGCAUUUUUCGCUAACCCUUUUUCUUCGAGGACACAGAUACUGUGAUCGCCGAGCCAGCUGAGCAGCGUUCAUCUUUUAAAGAGUGGCCAAAGUCAGAGAUAGCAGAGAAGCUGCCUCCAUGUCUCACCAGUGCCUUUUUACAUUUUUUCUCUCCAACAAAACCAGAGCCUCUCUUAAGGCUGAUGUAACACACAGGAAACAGCUCCCCGUGCACUCGCUCUUGUUGUUUUGAUAUUACAAGAAAAGCGAAAGGUUUCCGAUAUGUUCUUUGACACGAGGAGUCAUGUUUGGGUCGGUGUGGACAGACCAGGGUCUGAAUCGUUGCUACCUGGAGUCGUCUGAGGUUACGGUUGGCAGAAGGGAACAAAUGUGUUGGUACAAUUGGAAAACAUGUGUGACUAGCCUUAAAAUCAGUUGUUUCUGUGUUGUAGUAGCCUAUUCUCACUCUGAAUAUUUUUGGGCAAAUCCAGCCUUUAAUUUGAAUACAGUUACUUAGUUCAAGAAAAAUCAACAGCAGUACAUUUACUGGCUUGAUUUUGUGUGCUGGGAACCAUUUUUAUGUUAAUUUGGAAGCUAAUGAAUUGUUUUGGACAUUUAUCAUCCUGGAAGGUUUAGUGUCAUGACAUAUUAUUGGUGUAGUCCACCAGUUUUUUGCUAAAAUCUUUGCUAAGGUCACCAGGAACAGUUAAGGACUAAUUGGCCCGCAGCAUCACAGAUCCUCUUCUUUACAAUGGACAUGAAGUUGUUUUUUUUUUUUAGACUUCAGUCUAAUUUGACCAACGCACACGAUUCCCAGAAGAGUUUAACAAACUCCACAUAGUCACGUUUGUGACGGUUUUACAAAAAGGCUGAAUCUCUUUACCAACCACUUGGCAUGUAGAUAGCAUUUAAUGGUUGCUAUGGAGACUGGCAAAACCAGGAGGCCAUGUAUUCCCCCAAUUCCCAGUGAACGUUUUAUUACCUCCAUUACACAAACUGUAAGUGAUGGCAAUUUAAAUCUUAAGCAAGCAUAAAACAAAUAAAUCCUUCAGAUUAUAUAUAAAAAUAUUAUUUCUUAUGUAUCUAUUGGAUUUCUUCUGAGAUUCUGCUGCAGCAACAAAAAGCAGGACUGAGACUUUUUUUUUUUUUUUACACAUGUACCAGGUUUAACCAACAAAUUUGUUUGUCUGACAUGUUGAACAGUAAUGCCAAGGAUGUGAAAUUUUGAGCUCCAUACUUGCCUUACCAGCUCCAUGCUUGAGAUAUAAAUGGGCAACAAAAGAUAUUUAACUGCACAACUCUGGCUUAUUAAGAGACAUUUGGAAUAUUCUACCAAUUCUACUUAAGGUUUCCAACUCUAUCACACUACAGUACGCACUAGUUUCUAGCAUGGUCUCUGGUCUCAUCGCCAUAUGCAAAUGUUAACUUAUCUUUGACAGCUUCUUUGGAAGAAGCAACUAUUUAUUUCAAACUGAACACACUUUCUUGCUUUGAUUGAGCGUCGGUGAGGUUCCGGGUGGAGGAGCUGGCGGUGAGCAGCUCUGUUAAUAGUUUGUAAGUAGUCGUCGUCUUCGUCUUUGUGUUUGGCCGGAGUCUACCUCAGUGCAGGAGGAGGAAACCGUUCAAAGAGCCUCAAUCAUCCCCACUGUCUGCUUAGCAUUACUGCAGAGAAAAAUCACCUAAUCCCACAUUUCACACUCACUCAUAUGGUGUUAACUCUCCCCUGCUUUCUUUUAAAUAUCCUGAGUUACUGCUUUGUCUUGUGUCAGGGGGAAGCCUUGCGUUAUUUUGAGUUAAACACAAACCUUGGAGCUUGGUGAGCGGCUCCUUCUCACGCUCCGCAGCCACAGGAGGAAGCAGAUGACCUCCACGCUCCUUCUCUCUGCUCACAUCUGCUGAUUUCACAGCAGAUCCUGAGUGUCUCUGUGAUCACCUGUUUGCAGCCAAAGCUAACAAAGCUCAGUCACGGACCUUACGCUCUGUAAAACGACCUUCCCCACAUUCAUCCUCCUCUUGUCUUGAGUCUGAUUUUUGUCGUCUGUGUAUGUUUUUUUUGCUUUUUUUUUUUUUUUUAAUCUUCAUGUUUUUUUCAACUGUGAAUAUCAAGAGAUGACCUUUUAUUUUGUGUUAUCGCCAUGGAUACAGUGGGUCUGUUCACGACACAGAAGUGCGGGCCGGGUUAAACAGGACUUUUUACCCUGCUGCAGAGGAGAACAAGCUGACUGGGACAAUCCUGUGUGCCAUAAACAAAAACUUUGAACAGAUUUAAAAUCUUGAUUGUAAAUUUUCGUCUCAGGGAGGCGGCUCAAUGCUUUGUCUCAAGAGCAUAAAGAGGAGGAGGAAGAAGAAGAAGAAGAGCUACCAACCUUUUUAUCUACUCUAAGUCAAUUAAAGAUAAUCAGGAAUCCUCGUCUCUGUGGGUCUGAUGUGAUGUGGUUCAGACUGCCCUCUAGUGGCUUACAGGGGGCAUUGCAGUGCCUUCUUAAGACUAUUGGCACACCUGACUCAAACUGUCCCCCAGACUGACUUGUCUCCAACAACCACACAAGAUUUUCCGUCUCCAAGCAUUAAAUAAAAACAGUUUUUUUUUUUCAUUUAUUUAUUUUUUACACAUUCUGUUUCUUUUUCCUUUUGGCUGUAAAUGCAGAAAAAUUUUUUACAUACUGUAAUUUGUGACUAAGAAGAAAACAAAAGAAAAGCUGAUGAACUCUACUCUGCUGAGCUCCAGUCUGCUUUGUCGAUUGGAUGAGAAAUGUGCACCAGUUUGAUGGUUUAAUGUCCGUCUCUGAUCCGUCUGUUACCACUGGGACGCCCAGCCCAAAAGCACACACACACACACACACACACACACAUAAAACAAAACAACAAAAGCGUAUCAUUUGGAAAUCUCUACAAUUAUAAUAAGCUCAUCAAACUGUAAAUAGCAGCCAAUGUCGUCUGUCCAGAAAAAUGGAAACAAAGAGAAGCACUUGGUUUUAGGGAAGGUUUGCUAAACUCUUGGGUGAGAACAAAGCAAGAUUAUGGUUUAUUGUUUUUGUUUUAUGCAGAUAUAAAAGUAUUACAUUUUAGAGAUGUUGAUUUCUAUUUUUUUAGCCAAAGUAGGAGAGGAUAAAUACAAUACUUUUUUCUGACUGUAAAGAUUUCCUACUCUUGUACAUGACGAAUUUAAUGUUAUCGAUGUGUGUAUAUAUCUUUUUCUAAAUUUAAGAUUAUUGAUUUUUCUUCUUUUUAUUGUUUUUUAAUGACCCGACCCACCACACAGAAACAUGCCCUCGUCUGUUUGUGUAUUUAAUUAGGAGGAGAAGCAGCUUUCUAGUCUGAGGACAAAUUCAACAGGAUGUGGCCUCAAACUUUCGGCAUCUCAUAAUUCCACACUAGUUUUGUGAAUGUCGGCCGCCCAGGCCCUGUGGAAGCAGCAUGUUGACCGUGAAAAGCCUUCUCUUCUCUCACCAAUAUGUCUCUUAUUGUUUUAAAAUUUUCAAUGUAAAACAUUUUUACUUGAAAUUCGGAGUAGAGCUGGAGAAGACCACUGCUCGUGUUCAUUGAGGAGGAACUCUGGGAUGAGAUCCAGAAUAAACUUUAAAAAAAAAAAGAGAGAAGCUAAUUUGUGCUUUUGAGUUCAACUCUCUGAAAGUCUGAAGGUGUUUCUUCUUGCAAAGAAUAAAAUGUUUGAGUUCAAAUUAUUUUUAUUUAGCAGACCUACUUUCUCUUAUCAUAAUUUAGUCAAAAGUUUACAAAUCAUUAAAAAAAAAAAUCCUCUUUUAGGGGAAGAUUUUUUUGUCCUGAAAUGAUCGAUGAUCACUUCCUAACCUUGUGAACUGCCCUGUUUAUUCAAUUAAGCAAAAGUGAAAUGAGUGGAGUGCCAUCAAGUGGUAAAGUGUGAGAUUACAGUUAACUUAAUCUCACCUAAUUUUUGUUUUUCUCUCCUAAUUUUCCGAAGUACAUUUGUUCCAUGUACCUUCCUCAUAUUUGCAAGGAUGUUCAGCAUGAUUUGUUUUUCUAGAGGCUUUUAUUCAAAUCUUUAUUUCUUGACAGGGCCUCACCUCACUACAGCUGCAUAAAUCUACCCAAGUUUUUUAUAUAUACAUAUAAAAUGGAACGCCUCCUGCUCUGACUGAAUCCACCACUGUUUUAUUUUAAUGUAUAAACUCAAAUUGAUCUCAGAUAAAUGACUGUAAACGGACCCUCUUCAUAGCGUUAAAUCGAGCUGGUGGUCUGCUCCAGUUUAGAAACCUUCUGUUUGUUUUUGUUGUUGCUGUCUGGUUGCUCCUCUUCAUCCUCUCUGUCUCUAAGUGUUUCUCUCGGUGCACAUAGGUGGUUUCCCAGAUUUCUGUGUGUAGUCCAGAUCCAGAUACCUCUUUAUUAAUGUACAUUUUAUUGCGGAUGUGUUCCUUUUUGGAACAUGUUGUGUAUACAUUACGAUGAGACGUUGUGUAAAUGUGUGUUUGUACAGUCCAACCCCCCCCCACCCCCCCAAAAGCUUGCAAAACCCCACACAGAGGUCGCUUGACUCCCCCCCAACCCCCCUGCCCUCCUUCUCACCUCACACUGGAUCCAGAUGUGCCAUGAUCUGCGUUUGUGUACCACAGACAGCAAACAUGUUGGAGUUCCUUUCACUCACACGCAUAAAAUGCAGAGAUAAAUGCUCAUUGUACAGGAUCAAAAAAUUGUGCCAUGACUAAAAGAACGCUUGACAAUUUAUUUUUUCUAUACGUUUUCAAACGGAGAGCCAAGUAGUGACAUGCAAAGAAGAUGUUGCAAUGAUAUGAAAAUAAGAAAAUCUUGCUGUGUGUAAAUUAUUCAACAAUUAACUGUUUAUAUUAAAAUUAUGAAUAAAAUUAUUGGAGAAUAUGCA